UCUAUUUUUUUCAAUACAAUUGCUAAGACUCCGUUUUAGACCAGGUGAUUAUCUUGUGCGUAAGGAACUGGUACUGUUUGCAAUUACUUUUAUGGCCUUUUUAGGUACACCUUCCAAAUAAAAAAGUGCUAUAAAAAUACCUCUUCACAUCUGAUAUAACCCAGAAUACCAUGAGAGACUACAUCUUCGGUCUGUUGCAGACGAUUAUACGUCUUAUAUUUCGAAUAUUCUAUGGGAAAAAAGGCAAGAGUAUGCCGGCAAUAACUGACCCAAUAUUGCUGGAAUCUGCUUCGUCUUUGGCACAUAAAAUACGCACCCAGCAGCUAAGCAGUGUACAAGUAUUGGAGGCAUUCAUACACCGCGUGAAAGAGGUAAAUCCCAUACUUAACUGCGUGGUAGAUGAAAGAUACAACCAAGCCCUAAAGGAGGCAUCCGAAGCUGAUGCACUUAUUCAAUCAAGCCAAUAUACUGUAGAUCAGCUAGCAAAAAAUAAACCAUUUUUAGGUGUUCCUAUAACCACGAAAGACUGCAUAGCUGUAAAGGGCAUGCUUCAUACAUCUGGGCUCUAUUCUCGUCGCGGUAUGCGUGCUAAUCAGGAUGCGGACGCUAUGGCGCUUAUGCGAAAAGCAGGAGCGAUUCCAUUUGCUCUUACGAAUGUAUCAGAGGUGUGUAUGUGGUGGGAGAGCAACAAUACUGUACAUGGCCGAACGCGUAACGCAUAUGAUACACAUCGCAUCGUCGGUGGCUCCAGUGGGGGCGAAGGCUGCGUACAAGCGUCGGCUGCCUCGGCUUUUGGACUCGGGUCGGAUAUAGGGGGCUCAAUUCGCAUGCCUGCAUUCUUUAAUGGGAUUUUUGGGCACAAACCCAGUAAACUUAUAGUUUCUAAUGCUGGCCAGUUUCCGACACCCUUUAGUGUCGAACAGAAUUCUUUCCUUGGGUUAGGCCCCAUGUCGCGAUUCUCUGAAGAUUUGCGUCCUAUGCUGCAAAUUAUUGCAGGAGAGAAAGCUUCGAUUUUACACUUGGACAAGCCGGUGGAACUGCAUACACUUAAGUUUUAUUACCAAGAGACAGACGGAGGUGGCCGCCUGGUUUCUAAAGUGGACCGAGAUAUUCGCGCGGGUUUGCAACGCGUUGUUGAUCAUAUUCGUGAUAAAUUCGGCGAAGAACAAGUGACACGCAUACAAUUGCCCGAGUUUCGUCAAUCGGCUGCCAUUUGGUUCGCCAACAUGCGCGAUGAUAGCGGUCAUGGCUUUGCUUAUCAAUUAGGCGACCUACGUUACGAAAUCAAUACUUAUAUGGAGCUUCUAAAAUGGAUUUUCGGUGCAUCAAAGCACACAUUAAUCGGCUUAAUAACGGCGAUAAUGGAUAAUCUGCAGUGUCGAUACGGGUCCGCUAAGUACCAUCAUAUGGUGCGUAAGUGCGAUAAUCUUCGCGAAAACUUAAAACGUCUUCUAGGGGAUAACGGUGUUCUUAUCUAUCCCACGCACCCGACUGUGGCACCAUACCACAACGAGCCCCUUUUUCGACCCAUAAAUUUUUCAUAUACAGGCAUUAUCAAUAUACUUGGGUUUCCAGCUACAGCUGUACCGUUAGGCAAGCUCGGUAGUGAAGGCUUGCCCCUUGGCGUACAGAUCAUAGCUAAUUUUAACGAAGAUCGAUUGUGUCUGGCUGUAGCAGAAGAGCUGGAGCGCACAUUUGGUGGUUGGGUACGACCGGCUGUUCGCCUAUGAACAGGGGACACUUUUUAUACACAUACAGUACUCCGUUGCAAGAGUAUUAUUAUUUUAGGGUUAACAAGAUUUAUAUUUUUUACAAUUUGAAACAAAAAAAGACGCAUUUAAAAACAAACGCUUUGAGCAAUAUA